AUGAAAAACCAGCUGCUCUACCUGGGAGAGCUGCGCCGCAUCGUGCGCAAGCAGCAGCAGCGCCUGGUGCGCUCCUGGGUUGCGGCCGCGGCCCGGCUCAGCGCCGCGGUGGCGGCGGGCAGCUGGGCCGGCAUGCAAGCCGCGCUGGGCGGCUUGGACAGCGUCCUGAGGCGCUGGCAGGUGGUCGGCACUGUGCAGGCCGUCGCAUGGGUCGGCUGCGUCACGCCGCAGCAGAUGGUGCGGCUGUGCGUGCGCGCGUUCCCGUUUGCGCCUACGGGGGACGAGCUGCUCGACCACCUCAUGCUGGCCAGCGAGGCCGCGGGCGCCGCCGACGCGGCCGAAGCUCGCGGCGCUGCCCCCCAUGCGUGGCCCGACGGCGCGUACGGCGGCCUGCCGUCGGCGUGA